UGCCACCUGUCAGUGCUCAUCAGUGCCACGUGCCAGUGCCCAUCAGUGCCACAUCAAUGCCACCCAUCAGUGCCAGUCAGUGCCACCUAUCAGUGCUGUCAAUCAGUGCCACCUAUCAGUGCUGCCAAUCAGUGUCACCUAUCAGUGCCAGCCAGUGUCACCCAUCAGUGCCAGUCAGUGCUGCCUAUCAGUGUCGGUCAGUGCCACCUAACAGUGCCAGUCAGUGCCGCCUAUCAGUGCCAUAUAUCAGUGUCAUGUAUCAGUGCUGCCUUUCAGUGCCCAUCAGUGAUGCCUGUCAAUGCCCAUCAGUGCAACCU